AUGAAGGACUGUCGACGAGGCGUCAGGCCGGAGACGGCAGCAGUCGAACCCAAAACCAGCGGGAACACAGACUGGCAUAGACAGGAAUCGGGAACCGACGAAAUCAGGGGACAACCGGCGACGAACACAAACCCAGGAGACCGCCUUCUGGUUCCGAACACAGACAGACGCCAGCCCGUGGUGAGACCGCCCGACAGUGACAAGACCCCCCAGUCCGACGUCAACAUUUGCAGGACAACCGCCAUCAACACGCUUACGGUCAGAUGUGAACGAGGCGGCGAGCCGAGAUCCCACGACAAUUACAGGAACCCCCAACCCGACGUCAAUACUAUCAUGGUAACCACCGUCCACGCGGGUACGGGCGGGUGCGAACAGGGCAGGAAGGCGAGAUGCGCGGAGGACAGAAAGCGGACAAUGCAAAUAAGAGCAAUGGCCGCGGUGGCCCUGAUGCCGCCCCCCUUUUCACACCCGACAAAGGAUGAGGAGGAACCGUUGCCGCCAUGA